AUGAUGUCUUUGAGCGCGGCGAACGAAGCGUGGCAUCUUCACAUUGGUGUUGUUUCUGGUUGCCAUGUCGAUGGAAGCCCGAGGACAACACGCUUGAGCAAACAUAUUGGCCCGACUCUUCAAGAAAGUCCCAUAAAAAACCACCAACGUUUCGUAUUCGAAACAGCCUCGCAAACUGUUUUUGCACAUCGCUCGUAG